ACUGCUGGUGAUGAGAUCAGGGGUGUAAUCAUUAGUCCAAACAGCUGCAACUAAAAUGAGAGUUUCUAUUGGAUAAAUUCAGGUGGGUCCCUCCCCUUGCCAUUUGCUUCUGUUUAAGAAACGGUUUGCAACAGAAUUGGCAAAAUUAAUAAACCCCAGAGGACUGCUGGUCCGGUUGAGUCUAUUCUCGCCUCUCCUCUGUACAACGACAAGAUCACAUCUUUCAGGUUCUUCACAGUGCGCACCACUGAACAGCUCGAGAUUAAUAGCAAUGAACCAUUUGUUCAGAUGGAGAAGGCUUGCCAGACUGACGUUCAUGCUGCUAUAUUUUCUCAUUGAAGUUCUCUGUGCUUCCCAGCAAACAGUCCAGUCUGAGAUUCAGCAGGUGAAAGGCAUCGUGGGACAGUCUUUCUCUUUUCAAGAGAGGGUGAUCAAGUCUGGCAAUUUACUUUAUGGAGAACUUGGCAGUAUUGCAAAUGUGUACCCUGGUAAACGAGGCAAAAUCACCCUUGAGAAGAGAUUUGAAAACCGCCUCCACUUGAACAAUGUUACAAGAUACUUUACUCUGUCAGACCUUCAGAUAGACGAUGCUGGGGUUUAUACUGUUGAGAAUACAGAUGAAGGGAAAAAAACUAAAAUUCAGCUCACUGUAUACAAUGUUGUUUCCAAACCUCAGGUGACAGAGUGUGACAGCAGCUCCUGUAGUGUGGUGUGUUCUGUGGACAAUGAAAAAGAGGUGACCUUGACCUUGUACAGGGGAGAGGAAAUACUAAACCAGACCAGCAGUCCUGACCUCACCACCGAUCUCUCUCUCCACUUGGAGGUAGAGGGAAAGAACUACAACUCCACCUACAGCUGUGUGGCUCACAACCCUGUCAGCAAUGAGACCGUUCUUGUCCCAAAAUGUUGCAGUGAAGAUGGUCAUCCUAAUGAUGCAGACAGUGGCGAGAGGACUCGGGGUGUGCUUAUUAUUGCUGUAAUAUGCGUCUUGGUUGCCUCAGGGCUGGUUGGAAUUGCAAUCUAUCGAAAGAAGAGUAGAAAUGGAUACUCACAAGGCAGAUUCAUCCGAAAGAGUGCAAGUUGACAUUGAUUAUGCAUCGAUAACUCCUAGAAGAGAUAAUCAGGAGGAGCGAACAGAUAUACCAGAAUUGUAGUCGCAUAGAGACAACCCUACUCUGACAUCAGUUUAUGAAACACUCCUGUUACAUCGCAUGGCUGCCAGCGGGGAUGUUGACACAGCAUGAAGGAGAAAAACAGGAAGUCAAUGGGAGGCCAAAAUGAUAACUCACAUUCUGUAGAGGACAGUAUAUCAUAAAGAGGACGUUGAAACAAAAUGAAAAAAAUAUAUAUAUAUUCAUUCUAACAGCCUUUUAGAGGCACAGUUGUUAUGGGAGAAAAAUCCCCUGGAACUGUUGAGCUGAUAUUAUAAUUUCAGGCCUCAUUUGUAGGUCAUUCUCACAGACCUUCUGUCAAAUAGGGGCCUCGGUUACAUCCACUGAUACUGACCAAUUCAAUAACUAUGCAUUGAGUUGUUAGCAUGAUCAGGAUAAUCCGUCUUUUUAAAUGCCUUUUGUCCCAAAUCCCAAUGUAUAGGUUAAAACAAAUGGAACAUAUAUUUUAAUACAAUUCACUAGUGUGUUUGCUAUGCUACUGCUGUGCCAAAGCUUCCUUUCAGUACUGUCUGUUCUGUUGUUUAAAUGUAGGUGCCUCCCCUGUAUCGUUUUAUAGCUGGUCAUUGUUUAGCUUGCCAGUGGAUAGCAGCUGUGUACAUCAUAUAAAAAGUGCAGGUGUUUGAGAUAAAACCACCUACUCCUUAGAAGCAAAGGCUGUUAGGCUGCUUUAGAAACAUAAGGUCCAUAGAUAAAUGUUUUCCUUUCACCGUGUAUGUUGUAUUGAAACAUUUCUGAGGGGCAGAUCUUGAUUUUCCAUUUGAUAUUGAGUGACAUGUUCCUCUUCUUAUCGCUAUUCACAAAAUGUAGGUCUGGGCUAAAUUGUAGCUCUUAAUUAGCUUGUUUAGUUUAUUAUGAUGGACCAUUUAUUGGUUGUCCCUAUCUAUGAAGCACAUCCUCCCUUAACAAUACAAUUACUCCCUCCUGCAGACUCUGUAGACUAUGUAGACUCUCCUUCUAUCAGAGCAUGUUGUGCUCCACCUACAUUAUUGCAGCCUUUGUAUAUAUCUGUGCGAGCACAGAUUACUGGGACCCGAAAAUACCAAAUCUGUUGAUACCAUUGUGAGUUGUUGCACUGUAGGCGUUGUUAUACUUCUCUAUUUCAGAGUAGUUACUGUUUAACGGUCAUCAAUACAUCAAUGCCCAUGCUUGAAAUAUGUUAAUGUUUUACAUAAUCUAGCACAACUCAAAAUAUGAUGGUAGAUUACUCCAUUCCCCAUUUAUGUUUUUGUUGUCAUUUAAAUCUUUGAAACAAAUCAUGUAUUGCUUCAGAAUACCUGUGUAAACUGUCAUUCCUUGAAUCCAUUGCUGCUUCUAUGAGUUUGACAGUGGAAACAUUUAUCCAGAGAUAUUUCUCCAGAAACACAACUCCAGAUUGUGGUUUUAAUGUAGCCUACUUCUAGGGUCAAAUAGGAGAGACAACUGUAAUUGGUUGAUGGAUUCUCUAUUUCGUGAGUUUAAGUGUGUGACCUUUUGUCCUGUCACUUUUCAUGCCAGACAGCUGUACAUUUCAAAUGUAAAAACAAUUAUGACUGUAAACAGUGAAUUACUAACUUUUUAUUUAAGUCCUAUAAUAUUUCCAACUUUGUUUUGAGAAAACGUUGGCCUUUUCUUCCAAUCCUUUUCUCCCAUCUAGUGGUUGAAUGUUUUUAUACUUCAGCAUAUACUGUACACAAUGCAGUAUUUCGCUCUGAGACAGUGUACUGUAAAUUGUGUAAGUGUAUCUUAAAUCAUGUGCAACCAAUAUGUUCUCUAACAACAUUUCUGUGCUUUAGACUGUAGUCAUGCAUUUUUGUGCCAAUGUGCCAUUAUUAUAACAUUAUUGUGAGUAAAAAUUAAAACAUUUGUCAAAUA